CCCAAAGAAUCAUCCAAUCUGGUCGAGAUGUUCAUCGAAAGCUUCCUGCUGCUCCUGGCGCUCCACUUCCUGUCCGCAGGACGAGUAAGCCGAUGGGAACAACGUAUCAUCGGCGGAGGAGCCAUUGGAAUCGAACAGGCACCCUGGCAGGUGUCCUUGCAACUUUAUGGCGACCUUGUGUGCGGCGGCUCUAUUUACAGCGAAAGUAUCAUCGUUACUGCGGCCCAUUGCUUCUUUGAUAAGAACGGCAAUCGGGAAGAUGACCAAGGAUAUCAAGUUCGCGCAGGAUCCGCCCUAACAGAUUCCAAUGGAAUCCUUGUCGAUGUGGUUGAUAUAAUAAUCCACGAAAAAUAUGCGUAUGAUCGUAAUAUAAACGACAUCGCAAUCGUGAGUUUAAGUACGCCACUUGAGUUCACAAGCAAAGUUCAGCCCAUUUCUCUGGCUAAGACGAAACCUUCUCCUGGAUCGAUUGCCCUCGUCUCUGGCUGGGGAGUGUCUUAUAUCUUUAACGAUGGGACGAAACUAUAUCCAACACAUCUUCAAGGAUUAACCCUGCACAUCAAAAGCAUGUUCUCCUGCAGACUCUUUGAUGCCUCACUAAUAUGCGCAGGCACUUAUAGAAGAACCGCUUGUCAUGGCGACUCUGGAGGACCAUUGGUGGUCAACAAACAACUUGUGGGUGUUGUCUCCUGGGGUCGAAAAGGUUGCCAAUCCAGUACAUUCUUCGUCAGUGUUCCUUAUUUCCGUGAAUGGAUCUUAAAUGCUAUUGCCUCAAUUCAGUAAAAUUGUCGGA